CACCCAACAACAUCAGCAGCGGAGUCUGAGCGUGGAGCUUCUUCUCCUCCGCCAUGUCCACAUGGAACGGUACUGUUGGAUGCUGGGAGCCCACGAGCGAGCCGAGGUCCACCUGAAGCUCACAUUUCAACUCAGUUGCAGCGGCGCGGAGUGAGUCACUCCGCCGGACCAGCGUGGACCCAUGAUGUCUCUGGCGGUUCACCUGAAGACGGUCGAGCAGCUCCGGGGGAGAAGCGACCGCAUCGCCAAAGUUACCUUCAGAGGAUUGUCCUUCUACAGCCGAGUGGCUGAGAACUGCGAGGGAGUGGCUAACUUCAACGAGACUUUCCGAUGGCCCAUCGCCAGUCGCCUGGACGAAAACGAGAUGCUGGAGAUCCAGGUGUACAAUUACAGCAAAGUUUUCUCCAACAGACUGGUCGGGACGUUCUGCAUGGUUCUGCAGAAGGUGGCGACGGAGGGACACGUGGAGCUGACCGACACGCUCAUCGACGACAACAACACGUCCAUGAAGACCAGCGUGACCAUAGAGAUCCGGUACCAGGCGAUGGACGCCUCAGUGCGCGUCUGGAGCGACGGGGAGUUUCUGGAUGUUCCUGACGACCGCGACGGAACCUUCACGUUCGAGACGGACAGCUUGUUGUCCAGUCACGGAUCAUCGCCGGGUCGAUCGCUGCAGGGAUCGAUACCCACCUUCAGAAAAGCGGGGAGGGGAGUUUUCUCAGCCAUGAAGCUCGGCAAGAUCAAGAGCUCCAGAGAUGAUCACAAGAGAGGAGAUGAACCGGCGGUCUUGGACAUGGAGGACCUGGACAGGAAGGCGAUGCGUCUCGCUGGAAUGCUGGAGCCCGACACCGUUUCCUUGGCUUCUGUCACUGCCGUCACCACCAACGUCUCCAAUAAAAGGUCAAAACCAGACAUCAAGAUGGAGCCAGCUUCUGGGCGACCGGUUGAUUAUCAGAUCAGCAUCACCAUCAUCGAGGCUCGGCAGCUCAUCGGCCUCAACAUGGACCCGGUGGUGUGUGUGGAGAUUGGGGAUGAUAAGAAGUACACCUCAAUGAAGGAGUCUACCAACUGCCCGUACUAUAAUGAGUAUUUCGUCUUUGACUUCCACGUCCCUCCUGAUGUCAUGUUUGACAAGAUCAUCAAGCUGUCUGUCAUCCACUCGAAAAACCUGCUUCGGAGUGGAACCUUGGUGGGAACCUUCAAGAUGGACGUCGGGACGGUUUACUCUCAGCAGGAACAUCAAUUCUACCACAAGUGGGCGAUGCUGUCGGAUCCUGAUGACAUCACCGCCGGGUGCAAAGGCUACAUUAAGUGUGACAUUGCUGUCGUCGGAAAGGGUGACAACAUCAAGACGCCACACAAGGCAAAUGAGACGGACGAGGACGACAUAGAGGGGAACCUGCUGCUUCCCGAGGGCAUCCCUGCUGAGAGGCAGUGGGCCAGGUUCUAUGUUCGGAUAUAUCGCGCUGAGGGUCUGCCCAAAAUGAACACUAGCAUCAUGGCCAACGUGAAGAAGGCCUUUAUCGGGGAGAACAGGGACCUGGUGGACCCCUAUGUUCAAGUACAGUUUGCUGGUCAGAAGGGGAAGACGUCGGUUCAGAAAAGCAGCUACGAGCCGAUCUGGAACGAGCAGGUGGUGUUCACGGAGUUGUUCCCGCCCCUCUGCAAACGCUUGAAGGUCCAGAUUCGAGACUCGGACAAGGUCAAUGAUGUGGCAAUCGGAACUCACUUCAUUGACCUGCGCAAAAUAUCCAAUGAUGGCGACAAAGGGUUCCUGCCGACACUGGGUCCAGCUUGGGUGAACAUGUACGGCUCCACGCGUCAGUAUACUCUCAUGGACGAACACCAGGACCUGAACGACGGACUUGGCGAGGGUGUGUCCUUCAGGGCGCGGCUACUGCUCUCCGUCGCUGUAGAGGUCUUGGACACAGCUUCUCCAGAGAUCUUGAGUUCUGCUGAGGUGCAGGUGGAGUCCGUCUCAAACAUCUCGGAGAGUGCCACAGGGAAAAUGGAGGAGUUCUUCCUCUUCGGCUCCUUCCUCGAGGCCACCAUGAUUGACCGGAAGAUCGGAGACAAACCCAUUUAUUUUGAGAUAACAAUAGGGAACUAUGGCAACCAGAUAGACGGCGUGAGUAAACCGACAUCUGCAAAGAAGAGGAAGAAAGACAGUGAAAACGAAGAGGAGGAGAGCGAACUCAUGAACUCCAGUGACGAUGAGGCGGAAGAGGACGGAGACCUGGCCUCCGUCUCCACCACUCCCAUCAUGAAGCCGGUCAUUACCGACAGGAAUUACUUCCAUCUUCCCUACUUUGAGAAGAAGCCGUGUAUCUACAUCAAGAGCUGGUGGCAGGACCAGCGCCGGCGGCUGUACAACUCCAACAUGAUGGACAAGAUCGCCGACAAGCUGGAAGAAGGUCUGAAUGAUGUCCAGGAGAUCAUUAAGACAGAGAAGGCUUUUCCAGAGCGCCGGCUUCGGGGUGUGCUGGAGGAGCUGAGCGUCGGCUGCAGCCGCUUUGUGACUUUGGCAAACAAAGACGUGAACCAGGCGGGCAGAACCAAACUGGAUCGAGAGCGGCUCAAGUCCUGCAUGCGAGAGUUGGACAGCAUGGGUCAACAAGCCCGGCUGAUUCGAACACAGGUCAAGAAAAACACCGUCCGGGACAAAAUGAAGUUGGUGCAGAACUUCCUGCAGAGGCUUCGAUUUCUGGCUGAUGAGCCGCAGCACAGUAUCCCAGACAUUUUCAUCUGGAUGAUGACCAACAAUAAGCGCGUGGCUUACGCUCGCAUCCCCUCCAAAGAUAUCCUCUACUCUGUAGUGGAUGAAGAGAUGGGGAAGGACUGUGGCAAGGUCAAAGCUGUUUUCCUGAAGCUGCCUGGUAAGAAGGGAUUCGGCCCAGCAGGUUGGACGGUGCAGGCCAAGCUGGAGUUGUACCUUUGGCUCGGGCUCAGCAAGCAGAAGAAAGAUUUCCUGAACGGACUGCCAAACGGUUUUGAAGAGAUAAAAGCAGCCAGGUCCAGUCCGAGUCUGCAAACGGUUCCUCCCGUCAGCCUGGUCUACAACAUGAAGCAGGUCUUCCAGCUGAGAGCACACAUGUACCAGGCCCGCAGCCUGUUCGCCGCCGACAGCAGCGGCCUGUCGGAUCCGUUCGCCAGAGUUUUCUUCUCCACUCACAGCCAGGUCACCGAGGUCCUCAGUGAGACUCUCUGCCCAACGUGGGACCAACUGCUGGUCUUCGAUGAUGUUGAACUGUUCGGGGAAGCCAGCGAGCUGCGAGACGAUCCGCCCAUCAUCGUGGUUGAGAUUUACGACCAGGACACAGUGGGCAAGGCAGAGUUCAUUGGUCGGACCUUCGCCAAGCCCACCAUUAAGAUGUGCGACGAGCACUACGGCCCCCCGAGGUUCCCGCCGCAGCUGGAGUACUACCAGGUCUACAGAGGGAACAGCACGGCUGGAGAGCUGCUGGCUGCCUUCGAGCUGCUGCAGAUUCCUUUCGAUUCAGAGGAGAUCAGGCGAGCUCUGAUCGCCGUCCAUAACUUUGCUGUCCCUCAGAUAAAGAUCGGGCAAGGAGGAAGAGCUGACCUUCCUCCCCUUGAAGGACCAACAGAUUCAGAGCGAGGACCAAUUCUGCCAGUGCCAAUGGGCAUCCGGCCCGUCCUGAGUCGGUACCGCAUAGAGGUUCUGUUUUGGGGCCUCAGAGACCUGAAGAGGGUCAACCUGGCCCAGGUGGACCGGCCGCGUGUCGACAUCGAGUGUGCCGGCCGAGGCGUUCAGUCUGUGCUCAUCCAAAACUACAAGAAGAACCCCAACUUCAGUACCUUGGUGAAAUGGUUUGAGGUGGACCUCCCGGAAAACGAGCUUCUUCACCCCCCACUCAACAUCCGGGUGGUGGACUGUCGAGCGUUUGGACGCUACACGCUAGUGGGCUCACACGCUGUCAGUUGCCUGAGGAGAUUCAUCUACACCACUCCAGACAAGACGUCGAACCACUGGGCCACUGCAGCUAAGCUCAUGAACGGCUACAUGGUCCUCACUAACGGCGGCUCGCAGCCUCGCUCCUCACCCAGCCUCUCCUCUCGCACCUUCUCUCGCUCCACAGGUGACGUCGUCGUCAACAUGGACUCGGAGCCUCUGAUCCGAAAAAUGGACACAGUUGUAAAGCUGGACGCUACGUCUGACGCUGUAGUCAAAGUUGACAUGACAGAGGAGGAGGGCGACCGGGACAAAAAGAAGAAGAAAAAGAAGAAGAAGGGAGUGGAGGAGGAGGAGGAGACAGACGAGAGCGUGCUGGACUGGUGGUCCAAGUACUUUGCUUCUAUUGAGACGCUGAAAGAGACCCUCCGAGCUCAGGAGGCGGCUCAGGCCGAGGCGGAGGAGAGGGAGGAUCUGGAGAUCGCAGCUGAGACUGCAGAGAUCCAACCCGAUGACCUUCUCCUAAAAGGCCCCAAGGUCAAAGAAAAGAGCAAAGAGAAGAAAGGUGGCAAGGAUAAGAAGAAAGGUCAAGUAGUGGAAGCGACGGAGAGACGACCAGUGAAGUCUAAAGUGGACGAGCUGAUGGUUUACAACAAGGAGCUGGAGUCAGAGUACGGCAACUUUGAGGACUGGCUUCACACUUUCAACCUCUACAGAGGGAAGGCCGGAGACACAGACGAGCGCGCGCUAGACGAUGACAGGAUCGUCGGGAGAUUCAAGGGCUCGCUGUGCAUGUACAAGCUUCCUCUGUCCGAGGAGAUCAGCAGGGAGGCGGGCUUCGAUCCAAACUUGGGGAUGUUCCAGAGCAUCCCGCACAACGACCCGAUCAACGUCCUGGUCCGCAUCUACGUGGUCCGAGCAACAGACCUCCAUCCCGCCGACAUCAACGGAAAAGCUGAUCCGUACGUGGUCAUCAAGCUCGGGAAGUCCGAAAUCAAAGACAAAGAGAAUUACAUUUCCAAACAGCUAAAUCCAGUGUUUGGCAAAUCUUUUGACAUCGAAGCAACCUUCCCCAUGGAGUCCAUGCUGACCGUGUCCGUGUACGACUGGGACUUGGUCGGCACCGACGACCUCAUCGGAGAGACCAAAAUCGACCUAGAGAAUCGCUUCUACAGCAAAUACCGAGCAACAUGCGGGAUUUCCUCCAACUACUCUGUUCACGGUUACAAUGUCUGGCGGGACCCAAUGAAGCCCAGUCAAAUUCUGGCCAAGCUGGUCAAGGACGCCAAAAUUGAGGGACCUCAUUACGGACCAGGAGGGAAAGUCAAGGUGGCCAACCGGAUCUUCACCGGAGCGACAGAGAUGGAGGAUGAGAACGGUCUGAAGAAGCAGACGGAGGAGCAUCUGGCUCUGACGGUGCUGAACCACUGGGAGGAAAUCCCCAGGGUGGGAUGCAAACUGGUUCCCGAACACGUGGAGACCCGGCCGCUGCUGAAUCCAGACAAGCCCGGUAUCGAGCAGGGCCGUAUUGAGAUGUGGGUGGACAUGUUUCCAAUGGACAUGCCGGCUCCCGGACCCGCCAUCGACAUAUCGCCACGGAAACCAAAGAGCUUUGAGCUUCGUGUUGUUAUUUGGAACACUGAUGACGUAAUUCUAGAAGACGAUGCUUUCAUGACAGGAGAGAAGAUGUCUGACAUCUAUGUCAGGGGGUGGCUGAAGGGACAGCAGGAGGACAGGCAGGACACCGACGUGCACUACCACUCGCUGACCGGAGAGGGAAACUUCAACUGGCGCUUCGUCUACCCCUUUGACUACCUGAUGGCCGAGGAGAAGAUAGUCAUCUCCAAGAAGGAGUCCAUGUUCUCCUGGGACGAGACAGAGUACAAGAUCCCUCCCCGACUCACCCUGCAGGUUUGGGACGCCGACCACUUCUCUGCUGACGACUUCCUGGGGGCCAUUGAGCUGGACCUGAAUCGGUUCCCUCGAGGAGCGAAAACAGCCAAGCAGUGCAGUAUCGACAUGAUCCGGAAUGAGCACGAGCUGCCGACCAUCUCCAUCUUCAAGCAGAAGAGGGUGAAAGGGUGGUGGCCGUUCGUGGCCCGCGAUGAAAACGACGAAAUGGAGCUCACGGGGAAAGUCGAAGCUGAACUUCACCUGGUGACGGCAGAGGAGGCGGAGAAAAGCCCGGUGGGUCUGGGACGGAACGAGCCAGAUCCAUUGGAGAAGCCAAAUCGGCCGGACACCACGUUCCUGUGGUUCCUGAGCCCGCUGAAGGCCAUCCGCUACCUGGUGUGCAACCGCUACAAGUGGCUGCUCAUUAAGAUCGUGCUGAUUCUGCUGCUGCUCAUCAUGCUGGGACUCUUCCUCUACAGCAUGCCGGGAUACCUGGUCAAGAAGCUGCUGGGGGCCUGAGCGGGCUGGGUAGAGGGGCGGGGCGGGGGGUAGAUGGAAGGUCCGCAUCGAGAUGUCCCAGGAGGAGGCAGAAGGUCCAGGUCCUGCUGUCUGCCUCCUCCUGUAAGAGUCACAGACAAGUCCUCGAUCAUCAACUCCAUUCUUGUGUGGCGAGUCAGAGCAGGAAGGAAGUGGACGUGUGUCGAAGUGCAGCACGGAAAUACGCAGGGGAAAUCAAUUGACUAUAUUUGCAACCAAUGCAGGUGAGAAACUCAAAGCAGAACCACCUCAGCAUCAAGGGAAGCUAGUCAGAUGCCUCCUUGGUGAGGUGUUCCAGGCAUGUUUGACUGGGAGGAGGCCCGGGGGCAGUCCCAGAGAAGAGGACAAGAUGGAAGGACGCAGCUCCCACAGACAGCGUGUAAUGAGGGUUCAGUAUGUUCACACAAUGAGGACAAAGUUGUGUAGAUGAGAAGUCAGCAAGAAUCGAUUCCCACUUUACAGGAAGUGCAGCUGCUUCAUGACCGUACACAGUAUGAAACUUAACUAGUAAUUCUCCUAAAUUGUGAAGAAUAUUUCAGUUGAUGGUUGAGGACCCUCCACUCCUCCAAUAUUCACUCGUUCAUCGGUCGAAUUCUACAGCUAACCCCUUUGUUCUCGUGUUCAGCGCAUGACUACUUUCUCUCUCACGUGUCUUCGGAGGACUUGGUGUUUUUAAGAGUCCAGCUCUGGCGAUCUUUGCACACUAACAAAAGAAUAAGUAAAUAAAAAAUAAAAAGAUUUCUAUUUUCCUAAAGAGACGUAGAACAAGAUUCAGUUGAUCAAAGAAGUGAAGAUGAUACGUUUUCGUUUUGAAUUCACAUCAACAGAUCUUUGCGAACUCUUCUUUUUAUACGAGCCGUGAGCUCCGGUCAGAGGUAGCUGGACUCCGAAACUGUUAUCGGCGUAAAAGCGUGUGUGUGUUUACACGUCAGUCUGCAUGACAACGGUCGGCAUGAGUGUCCGUCCUGCCGCACAGCAACCUUUGUGUUCUCGUCACGUGGAGGGAAAACAGCACUCGAGCGGAGAAGAAAAGACGACGGUCAGAUUUGGAGCGUCCACCUCUGGCUGACGUUGCCUGCUUGCAUUUGUGUUGCAGUUUUGUUGGUGACUCUUUUAUUGUUUGCACUUGACUUGCCUCCGACCAAUUUGUGAGUUUAUAUCUGUAGAAAUGUGUGCAAUAUUUAUUUAUGUCUGUUUUUCAGGCUAUUUGAAAUAAACUGGACUCGACCGAGUAAACAUGAACUUUGAGGUCGCUUUCUUUCAGCAGCCAUGUUGUUGAUUCAAAACCGUUCAUUGUUUAUUCAGGUUGAAAACCAGUAUUUUCCAAAACUUCAGAUGUCUUUCACAAAGUUUGUCAAACUAUAUUAUGUAUUUUACAGUAAGUACUCCAAAACCUUUCUGAAUUUGUUGUAGUAACAUUCUGUGAGUGAGCUGUGCUCACCAGUCAAGAGACGUCCAGCACUGUGGUCUAUGAAUCAUGACGAUCAUUGUCGACCUGUCAGACAAGAGAAAGACCUUUAGAGUUAUUCAUUUUACAUUAUUAAAAAUGACUUGCUGUACCUUCAUCGUGGUAUUUAAAAUUUAAACUUACAUUCUGAAAGUUCGACUUUAUUA